UCUUUAACAUUCAACAAAUUUCGAGCUUGUUUUUUAUUGAUUUUCGUUCUUCCCAAUAAUUUUCUACACGGGAGCUUAAGCAUUUCGCUGAGCACUCAACAUGCCUACUGCAAAAAUUGAAGGUGUUAAGAUGCAAACUGCUCCAUACGAUCCUAGGUUCCCAAACCAGAACCAGACUAGGUACUGUUAUCAGAGCUAUGUUGAUUUCCAUCGCUGCAGUAAAGUGAAAGGUGAAAACUUUGAAGCUUGUCAAUACUUCAAAAAGUGCUAUAUGUCCCUCUGCCCACAAGCCUGGGUAGAAAAAUGGGAUGAACAGAUUUCUGAAAACAGAUUCCCAGGCAACAUCUAGAGGCUCUGACUUGUAUACAUAGGGUCUCAAAAGUUGAAUUAGUAUAAUUGAUCCAUCGUUGCAACUACACAACGCAAUGUUUGAUUCUCAGAUUUCUUCAACUUGUAAAAUAAAUACAUUAAUAUAUAUUUACUGUAUAAAUAAACGAAAUUGAUGUAAAC